AUGCUGACUCUACUAUCAUCUCGACAGGCGCAACCCACAUACAAUGCUAAAGCUCUCUACGACUAUACGCGGCAAACGGACGAAGAGGUUUCCUUUUCCGAAGAUGCCGAACUAUUGGUCUACGACACAUCAGAUCCAGACUGGACUUUGGUAGGGGUCAACGCGGAGUUUGGAUUCGCGCCCUCAAACUACAUUGAGCUCAUUGAGGAGAUUGCAUCCCACGGCGGCGCUGCAGCCGCAGCUCCCCCUCCUCCGCCUGCCGAACCCAAGGCGCCUUCUCUUCCGCAGCGACCAACCGCUCCCCAGGAGGAGGAAUAUCAAGCGUCGCCUGCGCCGUCUCCUGUGCACAACCCCGCCGCCGCCGCGAUUGCGGACAUUAUUCAUAAGCAACAUGCGCCUGCUGCCACCUAUUCGGAACCCGCGCGCGAGGAAUGUCCGCCUCCCCAGCUUCCUACUCGACCUUCGCAUGACCAGGAUCGCGAAGCACCCCGGCCGAGCCUGCCGCAGCGUCCGCCAUCAGAACAACUACAGUUUUCCACGCCAAUGGAACCUUACUCGCCCGAGCCCGAACCGUCUCGUCCACCCCGCCCUCUGGUGGCAUCUCCCCCAAUGCGAGACAUGCGAGACAAGACGCACUCGCCCUCGGGUUACAAGAUGUACAAUAUCAAUGAGAUGGUUGAGGUUAUGGGCAAGCGAAAGAAGAUGCCUACGACAAUAGGCAUCAAUAUGGUGACGGGAAUCAUCUUCAUUUCCCCCGAGGGUGAUGAUAAUCAGCAAGAGUGGACAGCCGAAAAGCUGACCCAUUACUCUAUCGAAGGCAAGCAUGUCUUUGUUGACCUGGUCCGACCUAGCAAGAGUAUUGAUUUCCACGCUGGUGCCAAAGAUACCGCUUCGGAGAUUGUGGCCGCGCUUGGUGAAAUCGCUGGAGCCUAUAAGGCCGAGGGUCUUCGAGAAGUCCUUGCUGCCGGAAAGGGAGGCGGUGGCAAGAAGAAGGGCCAGAUCUUAUACGAUUUUAUGGCACAAGGCGAGGAUGAGGUUACGGUGGCUGUGGGCGAUGAAGUUGUUGUCAUCGAUGACACCAAGUCUGAGGAAUGGUGGAUGGUGAAACGACUGAAGAAUGGAAAGGAGGGCGUGGUUCCCAGUAGCUACGUUGAAGUGACCGGAUUUGUGACCCAAGAUACCCCUGUGUUGGUAGACUCAUCAGGCCUGUCCUCUGUGGAAAAGAACCGCCUGGAGGAGUCUCGGUUGGUCAAGGCAGUGAUGGGCAAAACAAGAACCGACUCUAUGGACUCAUCCGAGAAACAGCAUCGCAAGCGUGACAGUAAAUCCAGCUCCAAGUCAAAGCCUGAUUCAAACAAAGUGAGAAAAUGGACAGACCGGACCAAGGCCUUUACCGUUGAAGCGCAGUUCAUUGGUCUGCAGGAUGGAAAGAUCCAUCUCCAUAAGACCAAUGGAAUCAAGAUUGCGGUUCCAGUCGCCAAGAUGUCCGUUGAGGAUCUGGAGUAUGUGGAGAAGGCUGCUGGUGUCUCUUUGGACGAGGACAAGCCCUUGUCCAGUAUUCGGGCUCGAGCCACCUCCGACCCCAAGGGUGCCGCAGGUGCCUCUGUGCAACGGCCAGAAUAUGACUGGUUCGACUUCUUCCUGAAGUCCGGCGUUGGCCCACAUCAGUGUGAACGUUAUGCCCAGAAUUUCCUCAAGGAUUCCAUGGAUGAGUCUGUUCUGCCCGAUAUCAGUCCCGAGACCCUUCGCUCUUUGGGAUUGAAGGAGGGUGAUAUUUUGCGGGUCAUGCGUCACCUAGACGCCACGCUCGGACGCACUGGUUCCAAAUCCUCCAAACUUCGCAAUGUCAGCUUCGGUGGUGAGGAGGUCAUUGGCAAUGGUGAUGAAGGCGGUCUUUUUGCUGGCCCUGGUGGCAUGUUGCGUAACAACACUCGCAAAGGACGUCCAGCACCCACUCUACAGGCCGGCGAUGUCGUGGACCCCAAGGCAUUUGAGCAAGCGGAUGGGUCGAAGCCGAAGGAGAAAGAACGCGCUGCCAGCCCCCCCAACUCCCUGAAACAACCCAAGCAAUCCACAACAUCGGCCCCUGCUGCCCGGGUUGCAUCUCCCACAGCCGCGCCUGCUCCAGUCCAGAAGCAGGUGACUGGGGCGAUGGCGGAUUUGACUUUGCUUCAAGCUCCUCUACAGCCUACGCCCGCACCUGCACCUGCACCAACUGUUUCUAUCCCUGCUAUUCAGCCCCAGCAAACUGCCGUUCAGAGCCCACCUCCACAGCAGCCACAAGCAACAGGUGCUACCCCCGACUUAUUUGCUCAGCAGAAUUCUUUUGGCCCUCCUCCUUUGCAGGCUCAACUUACGGGUAUUCCCCAGGCCGGUCAAUUAGUCGGUCCACCAGGUCAGAACUUCCAGCCCCAGAUGCCCCAGAUGCCCCAGCAAACUGGCUUCAUGGGCCAGGGUCAGGGUCAGUUCCAGAAUGGAUUGAUGCCCCAGCCAACGGGAUUCACACCCCAAUCUCAAUUCGGAAUUCAGCAGCAGCAACAGCAGCAGCCCUACGGCAAUGGCCAGCCUGGCUUCCAAGGUGUCGCUCCUCAGCCCACAGGCUUUGGUGGAUUCGCGCAACCCCAGCAGCCUAUGCAGACCGGCAUCAACUCUGUGCUUCCCCCUGCUCUGCAGCCUCACCCAACUGGCAUGAAUGGGUUUGGUAAUGCCAACAACUAUAACCAAACCCCACCUCCAGUGCCUCCUAUUCCUCAGCAACCAACGGCGGCGCCUCUGUCAGCUCAGCCCACCGGACCUCCUCCUUCAAUCAGGUUCGGUGUGAAGCCAGAUGCACCACCUCCCAGACUUGCUCCUCAACCGACGGGGCUCAGGGCGAACCUUUCGCAAGCCACGCCCAACAACCCUUUCGGCUUUUAA